AUGUUAUUGCUCAUCGCGAGCUUUGCUUACACGGUCUGGCUCUUGCUGCAGACUUCUCGGGCGCAGAACGAGAUGAACGGCACGGACGGCAGUCCCGAGGUGUCUCCUCUCCUGGGCAUGUAUGCUCAGAAGGCAACAUUGGGGACCCUACGUCGAUUACAAGAAUCCAGAGGGUCUAUGAGCUCUGGCGUUGCUCCACCGUCCGAUGUGGGCGCCAUAGAUUCUCAGGGCCCUAAAGGGGGCCAGGCAUUCGCAGUCUUGAGUGGAGAAGGAGUUGAAGCUGCCAGUACCACAAGCAGCACAUCCACCAGUUCCCAUUUGCCUAGAGACAGUGAAGACCUAGACGGGGAGCUAACGACGCCCCCCAAGCAAGUUGAAGAGAAGGAAGAGAAUUGGGCUGCUACGCACCAGACGGAAGCAGAUCAUCGUGUUAACAACCCGAAAUCAAUAACUGGUGAGGCCUCGACUCUGCCCACGCGGGGGAAGAGGAUGAAGGAGUUGGUUACCAUUGCCAGAGGGAAAGCAGAUAAGAUCCUUGUAGGAGGGGAGUCUUCUUUUUACCCAACUGUGUUGCGUCAAUCCUGGGAGUCAAGGGAAAACAUUUUUGUGAGCAAGGAAGACUUCGAAUGCUUGGAAAGUUUGAAUUCUGAAACUGGAGUUCUUCCCAGAACGGAAGGUGUCCUCCGUGCGCUUUUGGAUUGGGGGCUGUUCUGUGGUUACACCCGUUAUUCCAUCGCGGCCCUUCGGAAGUGGCCCGUCAGCUGUUCGGACGAUUGUUAUUUUGGCAAACUAAACUUCAGCAGAUACCGGAAUAAUAAGGAGAAGUCUGAAAAGCAAGCAAAGGAAUUCCUUGAAGCCGUUGAUAACAUGACUCCUGCACAUGCAGAAGCGUGCUUGUUUCUCGCCACCGUAACCACCUGCAGGAUCGCAGAGCAGAAUCUUGAUUCUGCAGCCACAACUUCAAUGUGCAUAGCACUCGUUGUAUCCCUCGCUUUAUUUUUUGCCGCCAUAAAGUGCCUUUCGGACUCCAUCAAGUUCAUCAGGAAAGACAACAAGAGGAUGCAGAGAGUGGCAUUCCACUCUCCCGCCACGCCCGUCUAA